AUGGAGACCCGGGAUUCACGAGCGCUUGCCCACAAGCUGUACGGCCAGUGUCGCGAGUCCGCAAAUGCUUACAAGCUGCUGGCGAGCAGCAUCAGAGACUUGCGCAACGCCCUCGAGGAGGCCGAAGAGGUCUUGGAGGCUGGUAUUGCUCUUGGUUCAUACGAGUCCGGUAUCGAGGAGCAAGUCACAGUAUGCCACCGACUGCUCGUGCAACUCAACAAGGCCAUCGAAAAGCACUCGGGCGAUGCGGGCGUCCACCCGGACGAGGCGGCCGUUGCAGAGAUCAAGACUGCCUUCGACGUUGCAAGCCAUGAGUUGUCUGUGGCAUGCGAGGCUCUUGGUACGCCGGCAACCAACGGACUGCGGCCAAUCAACCAUCGAGCGUUUCUGGGUUCUAUGAUGAUGCAUUCAAUGUCUGCGACCGACCUUAGCAACACAGAUCGCACUCCGAGCACGUCUUCGAGCAGAUGUUCGAUUGUGGACAGCGAUGCCACGAGCAAAGCCGGGACUUCAGUCACAUCCUACUCGCCUUGCAAUCAAGACUCUCCGUUGAAGACGGUUACCAACAAACAAACCAUUCCGCUGCUGAGUGCGAAUGAUCGAAAGCCAUCGGUCUGGCAAAGUAUAUUCGAGCUUGAUCCAUUGUCGAUACCUUUCGAGGAGGCAAACGCGUAUAUUCUAGGCCACGAAGAAGCUAUUGUGUCAAAAGUGCACGAGCUCCCUACUACUGCAAAUGUCGUUGCUUCGCCGGAACAAAUCGAGCUUACUGCCGAGCUACCAGGCGAGUCCAGGACCAUGGAGAGGAACGGAGAGAGUGGCUCGGAUGUCCAGGUAGCUGGAGUAGAUUCCAAACGAACCUCCCAGAGCACUCCCUCGCCAGGUCGUCGCAAGACUGUGCUCAUAGACCCACCAGUCACAGACCCAAGCACAAGGGGCACCGACAGGUUCAGUUUCGAAGAAGCCUUCAGCCGCAGGAGUACGAACAGUCAGGGCGCAAGUACAGAACAGUCCCAGGAUCGAGAGGACGGUGACCACCCAGACAAGUCGAUGCUUCCAACAGAGUCCAUGCAGUCCACCAGAGAGCGGCCACCAAUUCCACUGCCGCCGCCUCCCGGUCGAGCACCACCACCGCCGCCGUCGAGACGGCAUCGAUUACGCGGGUCGAUAAGCCAAUUCCUCAAGGUCAGCCCGAGCCGUGACAGCGCAAUCGAGACCACAGAAGAGGCUGGCAAUGCGCCAUCUAGACCGACUUCGCAACCCUCAAAGGCGUUCCAGAGAGCCUUCGCAGCAUCGGCUGGAUCUCUAUACCCUGUAGCUUCCGUGUCGCCUGUAGGAAAACGAAAGCCGAUGCCCAGGACCAGAUCAUACACGCCUACACCAAACCUACUGAACGACUUAUUGGCUCAGAUGAAGCCCAAGACGCCCGAGCCACUAGCUGAAGAACGCGAGGACGAAGUUUCAAGUGUUAGCGAGCAUAGCGGAACCAUCGGCAGCUUGCCAGUCAGUCCGCGGACAAUGCCGCCACAAAUGACGCUGGAAGUGCCACCUGCUCUCCCGCCUCGACCAGCAAGCAGCAUGCACACUCGUGCACCAUCAGCAGAUAUCCGAGGUCCGCCAGUACCUCCAAAGGACUCCAGCACAUCCAUAUCCAUCACUCUCGCGCAAACGCUCGUGGCCGCGCAAAGCCAUCGGCUCUCUGCUAGUAGAUCACAGAGCUGCGACGACAUGCGUGGGACAGCUGGGCAUCGCUCGACUUUGUUCAAGCCAUACCCAUCAGCUGCCUGGUGUCGACAUUCGGCCCCUGGACCACCAAUACCUACGAAGCCGCCACGGCCGGUUGAAGUGCCUGCUGGAACGCAGAUUGUGGAGUAUUAUGCCGAUGGAUGA